CAUUCUUCGAUAUAGCUCCAUGGCAUAUUAGCGUUCCGAUUAUCCGUUCGUUCAUUUACAAUUUUGAGCCAUGGCUAAUAGAACGGUAAAAGAUGCCAAUAGUAUACAUGGAACAAAUCCUCAGUAUCUUGUCGAGAAGAUUAUACGAACACGUAUUUAUGAGUCCAAGUACUGGAAAGAGGAAUGUUUUGGACUUACAGCUGAACUUGUCGUGGACAAAGCAAUGGAACUGAAGUAUGUUGGUGGUGUAUAUGGAGGAAACAUCAAGCCUACUCCAUUCUUGUGUCUGACCCUAAAGAUGCUGCAGAUCCAGCCUGAAAAGGACAUUAUUGUGGAAUUCAUCAAGAAUGAAGACUUCAAGUAUGUCCGUUUGCUUGGAGCAAUGUAUAUGCGCCUGACUGGAACCUCUGUAGAUUGCUACAAGUAUUUAGAACCAUUAUACAAUGACUACAGAAAAAUUAAAAGCCAGAACAGAAAUGGAGAGUUUGAGUUGAUGCAUGUUGAUGAGUUUAUAGAUGAGCUGCUUCAUGCAGAGCGAAUGUGUGACAUCAUCCUCCCUAGACUUCAGAAGAGACAGGUUUUAGAGGAAGCUGAGCUGCUGGAUACUCGUAUUAGUGCUCUGGAAGAAGAUCUGGAUGAGGUGGAAACCAGUGAUGAGGAGGAUGAGGAAGAAGAGAAGCCAGAGAAGGUGCAGUCACCAGAGCCACACAGAAGAAGUUAUAGAGAUAUGGACCGGCCACGCAGGUCUCCUUCUCCACGCUACAGACGCAGCCGCUCACCCAGAAGACGGAGCAGGUCACCUAAAAGACGAAGUCCAUCACCCAGACGUGAGCGAGAUCGGGACCGUCAUCGCAGCAAAAGUCCCCGCAGGCACCGCAGCAGAUCCAGGGACAGAAGACAUCGCUCCAAAUCUCCAGGUCACCACAGAAGUCACCGGCAUCGCAGUCACUCCAAGUCCCCAGAAAGUCGGUCAAAGAAGAGUCACAAGAGAAGUCGAAGAGGAAAUGAGUGAUCUCCGUUUUCUGUGUGAAUUUUUUUUUUCUUGUUUUAUAGAUAUUUUUUUGCUCUGUAAUAUAUGGAGAAACAGAGCCAUUUCUGUCAUAAAAAGCUUGAACUUAUUCUGUGUAAAUUGCCCAAGCCCAGUUUAGUCCUCAUAGGUUUUUUAUGCUGUUUUAUACUUUUAAUUGACAUUUACAACCAGAAAAUUACAGAUUUUUUUUUCAUCCUGAAUUAACUGUACUUUGUAAAAUAAACAUUUGAUGUAUUGUAGUUUCCAUUUUUCCAGUUAUAAAGAUAAUGAUUGAAACAGUCUACAAGAAAAUUGACUUUGCUGUUAUUUUGGUGUGAUUUCAGUCUCUGAAUUUGGAGACUUCUGUACAGGUACAUACGAUUCUACAACAAAAUUGAAGUUGAACAGCUAAAGCCAAGAAAAGACUGGACAUAACCACUCUUGUACUGUUUUAGUGCUAUGGGAUAAAGUUGGCCAAACUGCAUUUAAUUUCAUUAGAGAGAUGAAAUAUUUAUUUUAAAUAUAAAGUAGGGUAAUAAGCAAAACGUAAAGCAACCUAACUUUUACUUUCACUUUUGAAUUUCAAAAGAAAAGACGUA